GCCUCGCUGAGGACCCCGGGCUGGGCGCCGCCGCCGGUUUGUCUACCCUUUCCCUCAGCCACCUCCUUUCAACCUUGUCCACCCGUCGGCGCGGCCUUUGCUGCAGCGGCGGCGGCUCCCGUUCCUGCCGCAGCUCUGUCCCCUCCUUCCCUCCCCACCAGAUCCCCGAGUUCGCCCGUCAUGGCUUUACUCACUGCGGCCGCCCGGCUCUUUGGAGCCAAGAAUGCAUCGUGUCUUGUUCUUGCUGCUCGGCAUGCCAGUGCGUCCCCUACGAAUUUGAAAGACAUAUUGGCAGAUCUGAUACCCAAGGAGCAAGCCAGAGUAAAGACCUUCAGGCAGCAACAUGGCAAGACAGUAGUGGGUCAAAUCACUGUGGACAUGAUGUAUGGUGGCAUGAGAGGCAUGAAGGGAUUGGUAUAUGAAACAUCAGUUCUUGAUCCUGAUGAGGGCAUCCGUUUCCGAGGUUACAGUAUCCCUGAAUGCCAGAAACUGCUGCCCAAGGCUAAAGGGGGUGAAGAACCCCUGCCAGAGGGCUUAUUUUGGUUGCUGGUAACUGGACAAAUCCCAACAGAAGAACAGGUGUCUUGGCUUUCAAAAGAGUGGGCAAAGAGGGCAGCUCUACCUUCCCAUGUGGUCACCAUGCUAGACAACUUUCCCACCAAUCUACAUCCCAUGUCUCAGCUCAGUGCAGCCAUUACAGCCCUCAACAGUGAAAGCAACUUUGCCCGAGCAUAUGCAGAGGGUAUCAACCGAACCAAGUACUGGGAGUUGAUUUAUGAAGAUUGUAUGGAUCUUAUCGCAAAGCUACCUUGUGUUGCAGCAAAGAUCUACCGGAAUCUCUAUCGGGAGGGUAGCAGUAUCGGGGCCAUUGACUCUAAGCUGGACUGGUCCCAUAAUUUCACCAACAUGUUAGGCUAUACUGAUGCUCAGUUCACUGAGCUCAUGCGCUUGUACCUCACCAUCCACAGUGACCAUGAGGGAGGCAAUGUAAGUGCCCAUACCAGCCACUUGGUGGGCAGUGCCCUUUCAGACCCCUACCUGUCCUUUGCAGCAGCCAUGAACGGGCUAGCAGGGCCCCUACAUGGUUUAGCAAAUCAGGAAGUACUUGUUUGGCUGACACAACUACAAAAAGAAGUUGGCAAAGAUGUGUCAGAUGAGAAGUUACGAGACUACAUAUGGAACACACUCAACUCAGGACGGGUUGUCCCAGGCUAUGGCCAUGCAGUACUAAGGAAGACUGAUCCACGAUAUACCUGUCAGCGAGAGUUUGCUCUUAAACACCUGCCUCAUGACUCCAUGUUUAAGCUUGUUGCUCAGCUGUACAAGAUUGUGCCCAAUGUCCUGUUAGAGCAGGGCAAGGCCAAAAAUCCUUGGCCCAAUGUAGAUGCUCACAGUGGGGUGCUGCUCCAGUACUACGGCAUGACAGAGAUGAAUUACUACACAGUCCUGUUUGGGGUGUCACGGGCACUGGGCGUACUGGCACAGCUCAUUUGGAGCCGAGCCCUAGGCUUCCCACUAGAGAGGCCCAAGUCAAUGAGCACGGAUGGUCUGAUGAAGUUUGUGGACUCUAAGUCAGGGUAAAACUGGAGACUGGGGGGAAACUAACUACCAGAAAGUGAGGGAGCUUUAAAAAAAAGUAUAAUUUUGUUUUGUUUCAGGGGGCUUUUUAAGAUUUAAGAUUAAAUUGUAUCUGAGGCACUGAUAAUAAGUUUGAAGUUAAAAUAGAAAUUAAGACUUUAAAAAGUAACCCCUUCUUCCCUAAUCCUUUUUCCUGCCUGGUGAGUUGCCCAUCAACUGUAGGGUGACCAGGACUAAUGCAUGUGGUAUGGGUUAGGUUUGGGCCCCCCCUCCCACCACCACCACCACCACCGCCUCUAGAGUGAGAGUCUGACUCUUCUUUACCUGGGUCAAAGCUGGUUGCAGAGAAUCUGCAGUGACUUUAGAGCUUUUGGUUCUACUCAGCCCAGCCCUCCAUAGGCCAGCAAAUCGGGACUCUGCCCCUUCUGUUCCCAUAGAAAUCAUGUUGGAUUAUCAGUUCUGUGAAGCCUCAUUGCUCUCUCCCAUGCACACAGACACUUCCUACCAAGACCUGUUGGGUUAGGCAGACCUCUUUGGCAUUUUUUUUAUGCUACCAGGUGACCAUAAAGGCCAUGGCAUUUGUUGUGACUGGCACCCAAUGUUUGAUUUUUCUCUUUU